UUUGAGGUACGAAAAACUCCUUGUGCUUAUGACAAAACAUCGUAUGAAGAGGAUAAAGCUUUAUUUAACUGCCAAAGUUCCACAAAUGUUUAUCAUUGUGUAAAAAAUGAUAGGAAAAGAAUAGGUGAGAUAUGUAUACAACCUAUCUGGGUCCAACCAAACUUCUGUCCUGAAUACAUCACUGGUUCUUACAAUCUCGAUGUAGUUCCAUGUAAUGUGUCCUCUGGAUCGUGCCCAGAGGAACAGUUUCAGUCAAAUGAGGUCUACAAAUAUCCUGUAUGUUUAAAUACAACAUUUAUUCCGGAUCAGGAGAUGACGGGAGAUGAACAAGUUUCUAAAGAUAAUGUCCUACCGCUUCUAUGGAUCCUUGUUGGAGUGGUAUUAAUAUUCAUUUGUCUUCUUUUCAUUGCCUGGCGUGUUGUGUGGCGAAUUCGGCGAAAUUUCACGAGAACUUCAGAGGAGCCUUUCUACAAAUCAGCAGCGUUUCAUAAAGGAGUAAAUUUUUUAGAAAAUGGUGGAAAAUUACUUUGUUUGGUAGGACAGUGGGGGUCUGGAAAAACGUCCACAGCUAAACAAGUGUACAUAUCUGUCACCAAUACACAUCCAAUUAUUAUACAAAAUUCUUCAACAUUCGAUGUUGGUAAUCAACCCGUUAUCUUUGAUGGAGCGAUUUUAAAGGAAAUAACGAACGUUGAAAAGGAUCAGUUAGGGGAAAAAAUAAAGACAUUAUUUGAAAAUAUGUCACACUCUGGGACACAACCAUUCAUAAUCAUUACACUGGAUGAAGAUAUGGAACAUUUAUAUAAUUUCGUCAGGUCUCUUUUACCAUACAAGGAGGUGAAGUUUAUAGAUCUUUCAAAAACGUUAACAAAAGGGGAUCGUACUCAAAUAUUGCACUCACAACUUGAACGUUUCAGUCCAAAUACAGUUUUCAGUAAAGUUGAACAGCUAGCGUUAAAAGGUAAGAACCAUUCAUUAGGAUAUCCAGAAAUAUGUGUUUUGUUUUCAAGAUGUAGUGAUUUCCAAAAUGUCGGUCCAAUUGUAUUUUGUAAUCGUCCUCUACAACAUCUAAGGAUGCAUCUAGAGGACAUGCAUAAUUCAGAAGAUAAUGAAAAGUUUCUGAUGUUGGCUUACAUAAGUCUUAAUCAAAUGGAGAUAAAUGUCAACGCUCCAAACGGCAGGUUGUUUAAAAUACUAAGGUCAUGCCGCCCUGGUACCAGUGAGGAUAAUAUCAAUGAAACUGCAAAUGAUUCAAACUCUGGAACUAACAAUGAAGAUAGAAAUAGAGAAUAUUUUACAUCUUUACUAUUGAAGGAGUUUGUGGUCAGGGAAGCAGAUACAUCAAAAUACAGAUUACAACAUGAAGUUUUAAAGAGAAUGGUUCUAAUCGUGUUUGGAACCUAUCACUUUGAUAAACUGCUUCAACAUUCCAAUCAAGAAGAAUUAAAGGGAUUGAUUGAAGAGAAAAACACUCAUUACAAUCAAUUUCUCCAAGAAGAAAGAAAACCUGUUUUAGAGAUAAAGAAAGAACAUUGGAAACAAUAUCAAGCAAAAAUAAGUUUAAAAUAAAAACAGGAUUUAUCAACAUACUGUAAACGUACUACAUUUGGCUGUGUAUUCUAUUUAGCGCUUUUGGCGGAACGCGGCUUCCGCUAAUUCAAGUACAUCGCAAAAUGCAAUACAUAUAUGUAAAAGAAUAGUCACAUUUUGUAAUACGCUUAGUCAAAUCUACCCCAAUUUGUUCAAAAACUAAUUUCCGCCAAAUAUCGUACACGCCAAAUUUUAAGAUAAUGUUCAAAUUAUUUCGCAAGGAAAAAACGCAUGAAUAGAAAUGUUUUCUAGAAGUUUAGUUAUUUACACUUAAACACUUUUAAAUUUAGCGUACACAAUCUGACAAAGAUUAUUAACUAUUUUUUUUUUCUUUUACAUAUAGGUAAUUUUUUUAUAAUUUAGCAUUUUUAAUAAGACAUAAAAGAACACUCUUUGUUUUCAACUUAUGAAAGACCAGUGUGUAGUACUCACUAGUACACAGUAUAUUGAUAUAUAGUUUCUGAUAACGACAGCUGAUAAGCAUUCAGAACGGAACACAAACAGAAUUGUGAUAUAAAACAGCAAUGCAAUAUAGAAGUGCAGUAUAGAAGACUUCCAAAGAAGGAAUGUCACGAAAGACAUUAAGAAUACCGGAAAGAACAUUUCAUAUAAUAUUUAGAUAGUAAAAGAAAACGCAAUUAAGAUCUUUUAGAAGAGAAGAGGUUUAAAAUAGGAGCAACGAAAGAUAUCUUUUUUUAUUACACAAGUGCUUUAUAAACAAGAUCAGUUAAGAGAAACAAAUAUAAUUCCAAUGCAUGA